AUGUAUAAUGAACAUGCUUUUCCCGCACCAAUCAAUUUUCCUCUGAAUGUUUGCGAUGGCAGGAACCCUUGCGCACGAUGUAAAAGCCUCAACACACCCUGUUUGCGCCAAAUCAGAGCGAUCGAGUUCCGCGACCAAGGCCCCGCCUUGCGACAGAAAUAUCGGUCGACGUCGUCGCAGCCCUCGCGCCUCUCACCAGUCUUGGAUCGUGAAGGUGACCCUCCCUUGAGGUCGACCCGGUCCAAUAUCCAAUAUCUGCCGGUUGCCUUUCCGAUCAACGAAACGGUAUCGCAUUCGCUGUCCGUUACCGCCGCCUCAUCCCUGCAGACCCAGGUAUUUACCAACUUCGUCCUAUCAGCCUUCCCCUGCUAUUUCAAAUGCACCGAGACCCAAGUGCCGGUAAAUUGGGUGGAAUAUGUCGAAAAUCGGAGAGGGACUAAUUCAUGUUUCGAUUGGGCUCUCCGCGCUUGCACUACCUCCUAUGCAGGUGCUGUGCACAAUGACCAGCGACUUCUGAAAGAAGCUCGGGUGAUGUAUAUUCAGUCCUUACGGUGCCUGGGCGGGUUGUUGUCCGACGUCUCCACAGCCAAAUCGGACGAGGCCUUGGCGACGGCGAUCACCCUCGCGGUUUAUGAGAAGCACCACUGUACUGAUGCAGACUCGUGGCUAAAACAUGCGUCAGGGAUCCGGACCCUGAUGAAGCUUCGGGGUCCGGCGGCUCAUCUUCAUGGGUUUGGUUGUGCCAUGUACGUCGCUUAUCGAGGCUUCUUAGUCACAGCGGCCCUGAUAUCUGGGGAAGAAUGCUUUCUGCAGGAGCCUGAGUGGCAGGCCCUCAAUGAAGAAAUUGCCGCGAACAAUGCCAAGCUACCCGAUUCAUCCUUGUAUACGGAUGUUGUGGAGCGUGGCUUCCUCGAGGUCCUGAAGAUACCCGGGCAUGUAAAGCAAGUGCGCAAGUUGCUCUCCCUUUCCUUAGAGGAGAGGGCUAGGCGUCAGCCGGACGUCUUGCGUAGCGUUCAGGCCGCCCGCGCGGCGCUUCGAGGGAUUAACACGGAGUUUGGUAUCUCGGUGUCAAUGCGUCGUACUGGUCAAGAUGCUCGACAGAGCUUCAUCGGCCCGUCUCCACAUUUCUUUCUCGACGGCUACUCGACACUUUUCGCGAGUGGUGUUCGCUCGGGCCUGCUGAUCCUCAACCAGCUGGUCCUUGCCAUGGAUCCGACACAGCGAACCUCGCUCGAGUUAGAAUGUCCACUUCUUUCGGGGGAUAGUUGUUCGAGCCCAGCCAGCUCCGAAGGUUCUGUGAUACGUCCUUUAACACCACCGGACUCGCCACAUACGCCGCAGCUAGUAGUAGAGUCCUUGAUCACACCCACGUACAGAAAACCGCCUACGACAGACUGGAUGGAUCACAUUGCAGGGACGAUGGGUAUGGACGGAGUACGGGUGAGUUUGCUUGAAUAACCUUGACAAUUGACGGCGUUGAGUUUCUAUGAGUCUGGAGUUUAGUUGCUUGAAACUGGACCUGGUGUUGUCUCUUCUUGAUACCCCUACAAGUAGAUAGAAAUGUGAAUAUUGAUGAUAUGUAUUGCUGUACUUUGCGGCAGUCACUACUUUGGGAAACGCCCCUUCUGGAUCCUGCUCAUGAAGCGUCUCUUUCCGUGACUACGCUGUUUAGUGUGU